GCGGCCACGGGCGGCAAAGCGGAAAAGUCGGGAAACAAAUCGGAAAAAGUCCUAGGUGAAGAAAGAAAAGGACCUGAAAUAUUUAGAGAGAAAAACCGAAGAAACGCGAGUGCGGAAAAGCGUUGCAGUGGAAAUUGCGGACAGGCGGAAACCGCGUUUCGUUUACAUUGUCCUGGCAUCUCGAGUGUCUGAAUAUUUGAAAUAGCAUUUCCACAUUGCAGCUGGAAAAUCAAUUCUCAAGUGAGCCUUUAAAAACAGAAAACAGCAAAUUGAAAAGGAAAUUAAAAACACAAAAAAAACAGUUGUGAAAACAAAAACGCAAACCGCAGAAACAAAAACCGGGAAAUGUGUCUCGGGAUAAUCGUCAUCGAAAUUGCAUUGCCAUUGCACCGACAUUAAAAUGCAAUUUGUGCCAAGCGGCGGACUCCAGUUGCUGUCAAACUGUUGCCUCUUUAGCGGAUUAAUAUUUCUGUAAAUACCACGCAAAAAAUCAAAGAGAAACGAAAAAAAUACGCUCUGAAAACAGAAAAUUCAUCAGCAACACACAGCCAAACAUGUCGACCAUAAAGCUGCUCAUUAUCGGUCAACUUUGGCUCUCGAUUGGCCUGAUCUCCGGCGACGAUUCGCUGGACACGCGUGAGGGCGUCGAUCUGGUGCUCAAGUGCCGCUUCACCGAGCAUUACGAUUCGACCGACUUCACCUUCUACUGGGCGCGAUGGACCUGCUGCCCCACAUUGUUCGAGAACGUGGCCAUUGGCGAUGUGCAGCUCAACUCGAAUUAUCGCUUGGACUUUCGACCGAGUCGAGGAAUUUACGAUUUGCAAAUCAAGAAUACGUCUUAUAAUCGGGAUAAUGGACGCUUUGAGUGCCGAAUCAAGGCGAAGGGAACGGGGGCGGACGUCCAUCAGGAGUUCUACAAUCUGACGGUGCUGACGGCUCCACAUCCGCCGAUGGUCACUCCCGGCAAUUUGGCCGUGGCCACCGAGGAGAAGCCACUUGAAUUGACCUGCAGCAGUAUUGGCGGCUCACCGGAUCCAAUGAUAACCUGGUACCGCGAAGGCAGCACCGUACCGCUGCAGUCGUAUGCGCUGAAGGGCGGUUCGAAGAACCACUAUACCAACGCCACCCUGCAGAUUGUUCCCCGACGGGCCGACGAUGGCGCCAAGUACAAAUGCGUCGUCUGGAAUCGUGCCAUGCCCGAGGGUCAUAUGCUGGAGACCAGUGUCUCGUUAAAUGUCAACUACUACCCCCGCGUGGAGGUGGGUCCCCAGAAUCCUCUCCGAGUAGAACGCGAUCAUGUGGCGAAAUUAGAAUGCCGAGUGGAUGCCAAGCCGAUGGUGAGCAAUGUGCGAUGGUCUCGAAACGGGCAAUAUGUGAGUGCCACGCCCAUUCACACGAUCUAUAGGGUGAAUCGCCAUCAUGCCGGGAAAUACACCUGUAGUGCCGAUAAUGGUUUGGGCAAAACGGGUGAAAAGGAUAUCGUCUUGGAUGUUCUAUAUCCCCCAAUUGUGGUUAUUGAAUCGAAAACUCACGAGGCGGAGGAAGGAGAAACCGUUUUGAUCCGUUGCAAUGUCACCGCAAAUCCCGCGCCCAUAAAUAUUGAAUGGCUGAAGGAAGGAGCUCCCGAUUUUCGCUACACAGGGGAACUUUUAACCCUCGGUUCGGUGAGAGCCGAACAUGCAGGGAAUUAUAUCUGCAGAUCGGUGAAUAUUAUGCAACCUUUCAGUUCGAAGAGGAUAGAGGGUGUGGGAAACUCAACGGUGGCUUUGCUAGUUCGUCAUCGCCCGGGACAGGCUUAUAUAACGCCCAAUAAACCCGUGGUUCAUGUGGGCAAUGGUGUGACCCUAACCUGCUCUGCAAAUCCCCCUGGAUGGCCAGUGCCCCAAUACAGAUGGUUCAGGGAUAUGGAUGGUGAUAUAGGAAAUACCCAAAAGAUCCUCGCACAAGGACCCCAAUACUCGAUACCCAAAGCUCAUUUGGGCAGCGAGGGAAAGUACCAUUGUCAUGCGGUGAAUGAGUUGGGAAUCGGUAAGAUUGCCACUAUUAUAUUGGAGGUCCAUCAGCCUCCUCAAUUUCUGGCCAAGCUGCAACAACAUAUGACGCGACGAGUGGGCGAUGUGGAUUAUGCGGUGACUUGCAGUGCCAAGGGAAAGCCGACUCCUCAAAUUCGAUGGAUUAAGGAUGGCACUGAGAUUUUGCCCACCCGCAAGAUGUUCGAUAUAAGAACUACACCCACGGAUGCGGGUGCUGGAGUGGUGGCUGUCCAAAGUAUCCUAAGAUUCAGGGGAAAAGCCCGACCCAAUGGCAAUCAAUUGUUGCCCAACGAUAGGGGACUCUAUACGUGUCUCUAUGAAAAUGAUGUAAAUUCAGCUAACUCAUCAAUGCAUCUUCGUAUCGAACAUGAACCCAUUAUUAUACAUCAGUACAAUAAGGUAGCCUUUGAUUUGAGGGAAUCUGCAGAGGUGGUUUGCCGGGUUCAAGCCUAUCCGAAACCCGAAUUUCAAUGGCAAUAUGGUAAUAAUCCUUCGCCUUUAACCAUGUCUUCAGAUGGUCAUUAUGAAAUCAGUACCCGGAUGGAAAACAAUGAUGUAUAUACCUCCAUCUUGAGGAUAGCCCACCUGCAGCACUCUGAUUAUGGGGAGUACAUUUGCCGGGCUGUUAAUCCUUUGGAUAGCAUUAGGGCUCCCAUACGAUUGCAACCCAAAGGAGCGCCGGAAAAACCUACGAGUUUGAAGAUCUUGGAAGUGGGUCACAAUUAUGCUGUUUUAAAUUGGACACCCGGAUUUAAUGGUGGUUUUGGAAAUACCAAAUACCUAGUAAGCUACAGAAGAGUGGCCACUCCGAGGGAACAAACUUUGGCUGAUUGCUCGGGUCAUGGCUAUAUUCCAUCCUAUCAAAUAAGCAGCUCUUCUGGCAACUCGAACCACGAAUGGAUCGAAUUCAAUUGCUUCAAGGAAAAUCCUUGUAAGCUGGCGCCCCUCGAUCAACAUCAGAGUUACAUGUUCAAGGUUUAUGCGCUGAAUUCCAAGGGAACUUCGGGUUAUUCGAAUGAGAUUUUGGCCACCACGAAAGUGAGUAAAAUACCACCGCCGCUGCAUGUGAGCUAUGAUCCCAACUCACAUGUUUUGGGCAUCAACGUGGCGGCCACCUGUUUAUCCUUGAUUGCCGUGGUGGAAUCACUGGUCACUCGAGAUGCCACGGUGCCCAUGUGGGAGAUUGUGGAGACCUUGACCCUGCUUCCCUCGGGCAGUGAAACGACCUUCAAGGAGGCCGUCAUCAGUCACAUGUCGCGACCUGCCCACUAUACUACAGCCACCACUUCGGGCAGGAGUCUGGGUGGUGGGGUGAUUUCAGGGGGAGUAGUGGGUGGUGGCUCACAUUUAGGCGAGGAUCGCACCAUGGCCUUGGCUGAGACUGCCGGUCCUGGGCCAGUCGUCAGGGUCAAACUCUGCCUACGGUCCAAUCACGAACACUGCGGAGCCUAUGCCAAUGCAGAAAUUGGCAAGUCGUACAUGCCGCACAACUCCUCCAUGACGACCUCCGCUUUGGUGGCCAUCAUCAUCGCCUCGUUUUCGUUCCUCGUCUUCGCGGCUCUUCUCUACGCCUUUUGUCGCUGCCGCCGGCGGCAUGCCUCCAAAAAGGAGGGCGGGGCAGGAGAUGACACCACCGCUAAUCCAGGAUCUGCGGUGGCCAAGGAGUACGACCUUGAUUUGGACGCCAGCCGAAGACCUUCGCUGAGUCAGGAUCCCCAGCAAUCGCAGCAGCAGCAGCAGCCCCUCCCGCCGCCACCUCCUUACUAUCCCACUGGAAGUCUGGACUCCAAGGAUAUAGGAAGUGGAAAUGGGGGGAUGGAACUAACCCUGACAGCCCUCCACGAUCCCGAUGAGCAGUUGAAUAUGCAACAGCAGCAGCAGCACAGCCACAAUAACCACGGCCAGUACCAACAGCCCAAAGCCAUUUUGGGCAUCUACGGAGGAGGAGGAGGUGGUUCCAGUGCAGGGGGUGGUGGCUCUGUAGGCAAUCCCCAUUCGAACGGCUACGGCUAUCAUGUGACAAGUGCCAUCGGCGUGGACAGCGACAGCUAUCAAGUGCUGCCCUCCGUUGCCAACUCAGCAGCCGGUUCCCACGGAUCCCACGGACAUGGCAAUGGACAUGGACACGGACUAGGCGCCGGAGAGUCAGGACCACUUGAGGCGACACCAGCAACAUGCAACAUCAGCGGCGGCAGCAGCAACAUUAACCCAAUGCAGCAGCAACAUUCAGCACGCGCCAAUUUAACGAACCAACCCACCACCAUCGCCAUUGCCAACAACCCCACCACCAACAACAACUACAACAACAAUUACAACAACAACAGCAACAACACCAACACCCUGAAACGCAGCCAUUUGGGAAAUCGGGAGAGGGAAAGAGAAAGAUUGGAUCCUUUUGCCAGAGAAAGAUCCUUGGUAACCGCAGCCACAGCGGCAACAACAACAGCAUUGGCAACCACCAUAACAACAACAUCUCGAAAUGCCAAGGCAGCAACAACAACAACCACACUAGCCAUCACAGGGUCGAGCAACAAUUCGAACGAGAACAACUACAGCAAUGCCAGGGAUAUGUCGCAGGAGGCCUUGUGGCGCCUCCAAAUGGCCGCCGCCCAGUCGCAACAGAUUUAUGUGGAGCGCCCACCGUCGGCAUUCAGCGGCUUGGUCGACUACAGUGGCUACUCGCCACACAUUCCCACGGUGACCAGUUCACUCAGCCAGCAGAGCUUCAGUCCCACGCAACAACUGACGCCCCACGAAAUGCUGCAGGCCGCCCAGCGGUACGGAACCCUGAGAAAGUCCGGAAAACAACCGCCCCUUCCGCCCCAGCGAAAGGAUCUGCAGCAGCAGGCGAAACCGCAGCAGCCAAUGGCGGAUAUAAUACAGGAUUUGGCAAAUUAAACUAAUUGCCAGUUAAGAGACAACAACCCGCAACAAAAACGGCAACAAAAUACAUUUUGACAUAUACAUUUAAGUAAGUAAAUAGCGAAAAAAUAAAACCAAAAACACAUGCAUAAAAAAUUAAACUUUUUAGCUGUUUAAGUGGCGUGAAAAUUGCUAACAAUGCAUACAUGAAAAGCAAAUUAACAGAAAAACCUUGCCUAUUUCGACCAAAAAUCCAUAAAAAAAAAGAUGUAAAUGUGAAAAGUCUACAGAAAUACCAAAAAGGAGUAGUAAGUUAAAAAUACAAGUAUGUUAGGAAAUACACAGAAGUAUAAAAAAUAUAAUACAACUCUAAACUUCUUUGAGUUAUUACAUUACAUUAGCGAAAGAGCUGGAAAAAAAUGUUGUUGCCUAUAUUACCUUUGCUUAUGCU